AUGGCCAGUUCGACAGCCGAAGCAAGCCUCCAGCCAUCCGAGGUACUAUCAACAACCGAUGGAGAGACGGCCUUCUUUCGAUCGAUUAUCAGGUAUCGUCCUAGAGGAUCCAACAGACACUUCUCCAUGGUCGGGAUCUGUAAAGAUCUGGAACGUGAAUUACAGACCGUCAUCCCUUCUGAUGAGAUCUGGAACACUUUGAGAACUUGUUAUGACCUUGAUAUACUCGCCGAAAUGGAACCAGAUGAGCCAGACGAGAUCGAGCGCAAUAAAUCGACGGUGGAGCUCUUACGAUCCAAGCAACAUACCUUCUUCCGAGAGUUCCAGCUACCGAUCCACCCCAGCAUACCAGCGGAGCAGUCAUUCCAGAGCUUGAUCGAUGAGCGUCGACUCGAGAGUUCAUCGGCUCGUUCGUCUCCAGAACAGCGUUCGCCGGGGAUGGUGAGCUCACCACGAAGACGGACGACGGCGAACUCCCUGAAGCUGCACCUCGAUCGCUCCGGCCAGUCCUCAUCCUCCAAGUAUCUCAACCCCUCCUCCGCUGCUAAGUCGGGCUCCGAUCAUCGGAUCGGCGACCCUACCAUCCAAGAAGGAAUGGAGAGUGACUUGACCGAGCAGGAGGAUUAUGAGGACGAUGAUGACGAGGAGGAGGAGGAUAAAGAGCUCGAGGGGAAAGAUGACGAGGAAGAUGAGGAAGAAGAGGAAGAAGAAGAACCCGAGCCUGAACCCCGAACCAAAAAGUUGAAAACAUCAAAUAGAACCGAUUCAUCUCAUCAUCAUCGUCCACCAACGACUUCAAGCAGUCGAUCGCGAAACACCGGGAAAGCCAAUAAAGCUUCAUCAACAACUGCAUCAACAUCAACUCCGACAACAACAACCACGUCGAUCAAUAACAGUAACAAUACACCGUCAUCGAGCAGAUCUAGGACGCGUGGAAGAUGGAAAAAGGUCGGCGGUCCUCCCUUUCCAAUCUUCUUGUAGACUAGAAUGUUUCCAUCUGGCUCUGUCUCGACAUUGAGAUUCAUCUGAUGCUUCUGUUUCUUCGAUUUUCAGUGAACAUCUCUUGCCCCAUCCA